AUGGCGACUGUAGGCGAUGAUAUCAACGCCCCGGGCAAAAACUACGAGCUCGACUUAAUCGCCAGCGGCAUCGAUAGUCGUCAUUGCGCCAAGUACCGUUGGUAUGUCGAACGACAUCUCCGUCGAAUCUACCUCCCGGACAAGACCUUCUCUCGCCAACUGUACUAUCGUCGUGUGACGCAAAAGCAUGAUAGCGAGCUCCCCCCUCUUGGCUCAAACUUCAAAGCCAACUAUACCAUUCACGCGCUUCGUCCUAACGGAUUCAAUCGAAUCGACUACGAAAUUUGCCGCGCCCAUUAUAAGAUUCGAGAGACAUCCCAGUCUUUGGAAUACUCCAUCGCUAAGAAGCGCACUGCUUCCACCGCCAUUGUCCUCAUCAUGGAUAUGGUUCUGAAACAGUACAAUUGGCCAGAAAUCGUCACCGACGCUAACGUUGACGAUACGCUCCGAGCUGACGGCGUCCACGAUUUACGGGUGUACGAGGAGAAUAGGGCCAAGAUUACCGCUGACUUCUUCCCCAAGAGCACCGAGGGUAUUCGUGAGUUAGAACAAGACAUGGACGAAAGUCUUGAUCAAGAAUAUGAAGAUUUCUAUGGCGGUGGCCAAGACGAUUCAUUAGGCGACCAAGACCAAGACCAAGACCAGGACCGCCAGCGCAGCGAGCCAUCGAGCAUGCACCCCGCCGUGUUCCAGGAAGGGGUCCAGCAGAACGCCUUGUCAGGCUACCGCUCCAACGAAGCCUCGCGUUUCGAUGCUGAUGAAUUUCCCGAGGAGAUCUACGGUCGGCCCGCCGCCACCAGUAGCAAGCGAAAGCGCAUAUCCGACGAAGAGCAUGAAGAAAGGCUCACCAAGCGUAUAAGCAUGCUAGAGGAGAAGCUAUUUCAGCUUGAGACUCUACACCAGGAUUUUAUCUCUAGCACGAAGCGCCUUCUCAAGGACUACCGUCAGCAACGCGCGCUAAUUGAGGAAGAGUACGACGUAGAAGCCUAA